AUGCCGAUUAAGCGAUCUCGCACUUCAAGAUCUUGUGCGCAUUUGGAAAAUGAAGAUACCGGUGCUAAUGUUCAGAUACGGCAGGCGGAGCAGUCGUCUUCCGCCGUUGGAGCUCGGAAUAAGGCGGCAAGAACAUCAAUGUCGGAGGAUGAAGUAGUGAAUCCACCAAAUCAGCUGCGAGAAGUGGCUUUCACAGUUGAAUCACUGCCACCGUCACCUCAACGUCAACCACCGCCACUUCAGACCCAGCUCACGGAUGGAGGCGUAUUUUCACUACACAUAAAUCCGAGGUUUCCACCGGCAUUACUCGAUGUAUGUAACUUUUGUAAGAGAAGGAUUGGACCAGAGGAAGAUCGGUACAUGAACGGGUGCAGAGGAUUGGAAGCAUACUGUUCUCCUGCAUGUCGGGCAAAAUUCAACAACUUGAUGAUAGCUGCAGGGAAACGAUCUCCUGAUGCAGAACCUUCUAUGAAUCGCCUUCAAUGGAACAAGAAGAAGUGA